AGAAAGUUUUCCAAGUCUUAGAUCUAGUCUAGCUGAUUUAUCAGGUCAACCAACAGGAGGGUAUAAAAUAUAUCUUUCUGAACUUUGUACUUCGAUCAAGAUAACUGUAUGUGUGUGUUCAUAGUCCAGAACUUGUUUGUUUCACUUCACUGAUUCACAUUGCCUGCCUUUGGAACUGCAUGCGUUGAUCAUUUUGAAGUCUAAACUUCAUCAUCUGAACCCAGGAAAAUAUUUGAUUUGAUAAACUGAGCCUGAGGCUAACUCAGUAACUGACUAAAAUGGUUGUUGCAAAAGUUGUAUCAGGGGUGUAUAUUGUGGCUGCAAAAAGGACAGCAUUUGGUGCUUUUGGAGGAAAACUUAAGAACCUCUCUGCAACAGAUCUGGGUGUCAUAGCCACACAGGCAGCGCUGCAGGCAGGAAAAGUCAACCCACAGGAUGUGAACUCAGUUGUUUUUGGAAAUGUCAUUUCGUCCGCUGUGGAUGGCAUCUAUGGACCACGUCACAUUAGCCUCAAAUGUGGAAUCCCUGAGCCAGUGCCAUGUUUGCUAGUUAACAGACUGUGUGGGUCAGGAUUCCAGGCUGUGGUCAAUGGCGCCCAGGACAUCAUGCUUGGAGACAGUCAGAUUGUGGUCGCAGGAGGUACGGAAAACAUGAGCCAGGUGCCUUAUGCUGUCAGAAACAUACGAUUCGGAACAAGGCUUGGGGAAGACCUUAAGCUUCAAGACAUGCUGUGGGAAGGUCUAACUGACACAAUGGUCAAGUUACCCAUGGGCAUGACCGCCGAGAACUUAGCCGAGAAAUACAGCAUCUCCAGGGAGGAAUGUGAUAAAUAUGCCAUUCAGUCGCAAACCAGAUGGAAGAAAGCUCAAGAGAGUGGGGUAUUUAAAGAUGAAAUUGUUCCAAUUACAGUUAAAGGCAAGAAAGGGGAUGAAUCCUUUGAAGUUGAUGAGCACCCACGCCAAGCCACACUAGAAGGCAUGGCUAAACUUCCGCCUGUUUUCAAGAAAAACGGUGUGGUUAAUGCUGGAAAUGCUUCGGGUAUUGUGGAUGGAGCCAGCACUGUGAUCCUGGCCAGUGAGGCUGCUGUUAAAAAAUACAGCUUAACACCACUUGCCAGAUUGGCUGCAUAUGGCAUCGCAGGUUGCGAUCCCAAAAUAAUGGGCAUUGGUCCAGUGCCUUCUAGCAAGGCUGCUCUGGCUGCCAUUGGGAAAACUGUGAAAGAUAUGGAUGUUGUAGAAGUUAAUGAGGCGUUUGCUCCACAAUUUUUGGCUGUGGCUAAAGAGUUGGGUCUAGACAACGACAAAACUAAUGUCAAUGGUGGAGCCAUAGCACUGGGCCAUCCUCUUGGAGCAACAGGAACAAGAAUCACAACAAACCUUGUCUACGAGAUCAGACGAAGAAACUUGAAGUACGCUUUAGGAAGUGCUUGCAUUGGCGGAGGUCAAGGAAUCACAGUUAUCUUGGAGCGUGUGUAACACUUGAGUGAAAUGAUAGUUCUCAAUAUGUUUCUGUCUUGUUACAUUGCUGUUGAUACAAUUAUUCUUGUGCCAUAUACGAGUUGUUUAUCAGACUCUGUAGCAUGUUUAUAUAUAAUUGUUAUAUUUAUUGAAAAUUUUCCAAAUUUUGGUGUUGAAAUUGUAUGUAAAAUAUCUUGUUAUUUCUGGUCUACUUUGUAUUUAAUAUUUACCAAAAUUUGAUCAAGUGAUACAAUGUUAUCAUUCUUGGAUCUAUUUUAUUUUUUUUUACAAGCUGACGUCUUAUAAUAAUUUUUAGAGAUUUAUGUAAUUGUUAAAUGUAUACCAGUGUCAAUUUUUUUUACUCUGAUGACUUUCGAAUUAAAAAACAAAUUAAACAAAUCUUGAUGAAUGACUUGUAAUUUGAUUUAUUUCUAUUUUACUUCAAUAAAGGCUUACAAGUGCUCUGAAGUGCUAUGACUGAAUCAGCCAGGAAAACCAAUGACUUAAGAAGUUUAUCUCUCUAAAUAACAUGCAUGACUCAAUUAACUCAUGGAUUGGUGUAGGAGGUAAAUAUCUUCUAUUUUGAAGGAACCUUAUCUUAUAUAAUACAAACCCUACUUCAAAAAAGAAGAUGAUUACAUCCUACGUGUCAUGCCUUAAAUUCUGCCAAGUCACUGGUUUUCCUUGCUGGCUCAGGCAACCCAUCCCAUGCUCUAAUAGCACUAGGGAAGAAGGAGCACUUGUACAAAUUUGUCCUGUAAUUUAAAAGAUAAGAAUAGUUGUUUUAUUGUUGUAUACAAGCUAUUUUUGUUUCUUCAUGAAUAAUCUUGACAUUAAACAUUUUAUUUUUG